AGGUCCCCUCUCAUCUCCAAAACCUCCAUCUUCAUCCACAACGAUUUCAUUUCAUGUGAAUUACGGUGAGACAGUUUAGUCUCUCUCAUAUUUUAUAGUUAUUGGAGUAAAUUGAAAGAGAGUUAUUCGACAAUGGCGUCGCCUUCGGAUCACCAGGCCACCGUAAUCGACGGCAAAGCAGUCGCACAGACAAUUCGAUCUGAAAUCGCCUCCGAAGUUCGUCAUCUGUCCCAGAAAUACGGCAAGGUCCCAGGACUGGCUGUAGUCAUUGUGGGCAAUAGAAAGGAUUCUCAAAGCUAUGUGGGUAUGAAGAGAAAGGCAUGUGCUGAAGUUGGGAUUAAGUCCUUUGACAUAGACCUCCCAGAGCAAGUACUUGAAGCUGAGUUGAUUAGCAAGGUUCAUGAGUUAAAUGCAAAUCCUGAUGUACACGGUAUAUUAGUUCAGCUUCCAUUGCCAAAACAUAUAAACGAAGAGAAAGUCUUGACCGAAAUCAGUCUCGAGAAAGACGUAGAUGGCUUUCAUCCUCUGAACAUUGGCAAGCUGGCCAUGAAAGGCAGAGAACCUCUGUUCCUUCCUUGCACCCCCAAGGGCUGUCUUGAACUUCUAUCACGAAGUGGCAUUAGCGUAAGGGGAAAGAAGGCAGUCGUGGUGGGUCGAAGUAACAUAGUUGGAUUGCCAGUUUCACUGCUACUUCUAAAGGCAGAUGCCACAGUUACAGUUGUUCACUCACAUACUUGUAAUCCCGAGAAUGUCAUUCGUGAAGCAGACGUUAUAAUUGCUGCAGCAGGACAAGCAAUGAUGAUUAAGGGCAGCUGGAUAAAACCUGGUGCUGCAGUUAUUGAUGUUGGGACAAACGCUAUAGAUGAUCCAAGUAGAAAGUCAGGUUAUCGACUUGUUGGAGAUGUAGACUUUCGAGAAGCAUGUAAGGUAGCUGGUUGGAUAACUCCGGUUCCAGGAGGUGUGGGCCCAAUGACUGUUGCAAUGCUGCUGAAGAAUACCUUGGAUGGUGCCAAACGUGUGAUUGAAUUGUAAACUCCCUUGUUAAUUUUUCACUUCACAAUGAGAUCUUGCGACUUUUCAAGAUACAAAUUUGUAGGAACGCAUUUUUAUAUGUCCACUGCAUAUGCUUCUCCUCUACUUCUAUAAGGAUUACAUAAAGUUAUGAACGUCUUUAGCACUGCAGAUAAAUGAUUAAAAUAAACUUCGAGUGAAAUUGAGGUACUUGAAGUAAUUUUUUUACUUA